CACCCAGUGGUAACCAAUCAGAAUCCAGCAUUGUAUUUCAGCUGUUGAUUCCCCCUUCUUUACUUCCUAUCUUAUCUCUCUCACUCUCUUAAAUGUUAACUUAAGAGUAACAACAAACACCAUCUCCUCUCUUCACUCCUCUCUCUCUUCUCUUUUCUUCUCAUGGCAACGAAUACAGCUCUCCAUUACUCCAUACCACCCAACAACCACUCUCUUCUCAAGCACACCCCUCCUCCUCACCCUCCUUCAUCUCUUACCUUCCUCAAACCCACCACCACCACUAACACCACCACAACAGCACCACCUUCACUCUCUCUCUCCUCCACCUCAUCAUCAUCAUCGUCCUCCUCCACAAUUACAUUCUCCCUCUCCCCAAACACCACCGCAUCAACAACAACCACCACUGCAACCUCCACAUCCUCUCCCUCUUCCUCCUCCUUCGAUGACCUCCAGCGCUACCUCGCCGCGGCUGAUUUUCGGCAAGCAGACGAGGAGACACGGCGGCUUCUGAUCGUACUAGCAGGCGAAGCGGCUCAGAAGCGAGGGUAUGUGUUCUUCUCAGAGGUUCAGUUCAUAUCGAAAUCGGACAUGAAAACCAUAGACGAGCUUUGGAGAAGUCACAGCAACGAGAGAUUCGGGUACAGCGUGCAGAGGAAAAUUUUCAAGAAGGUGAACAGAGAUUUCACUCGAUUCUUCAUCAAACUCGGGUGGAUGAAGAAGCUUGACACGGAGGUGGUUCAGUACAAUUACAGAGCUUUUCCAGACGAAUUCAUUUGGGAACUGAAGGACGAUACUCCCGAGGGGCAUUUGCCAUUGACGAAUGCUCUGAGAGGUACUCAGUUGCUUAACAGUAUUCUCACUCAUCCGGCUUUCGUGGAGGAUGAUGAUGAAGAGAGUGAGGGAGAAGAAGAAGAAGAAAGCGGCGGAAGAGUGGGGGGUUUGUUGAAUGGAAUUGGGAAAUCCAAACCCUCUUCUGCUACUUCUAGUGCAGGUUUUAAACCAGAUUACAGCUUUUGAUUUUUAUAUUUAUACCACACAAAAUUGGUGAUUUGGUUCUGUAUUUAAGUAUAAUUAAUUACAUUGAUUAUUGUGCUUUUUCCA